AUGUCUCCAAUCGAGCGUGUGUUCACGGACAAGGCGCCCAAGCCACUGCCUCAGUUUUCGCAGGCUGUCAAGUACAAUGGUUUGGUGUAUUGCUCGGGUAACAUUGGCUUUGACCCAGCAACGUUCACGCUGGUUGAAGGUGGUGUGAAAGAACAAACCCGACGGGCUCUGCAGAACUUGUCUGCAGUGUUGGAGGAGGCGGGCAGCGGCUUCAGCAAUACCCUCAAGGUCAACAUUUUCUUGACAACGAUGGACAACUUUGCUGCUAUGAAUGAGGCCUGGGACGAGUUCUUCACCAUGGACGUCAAACCAUGCCGCACUUGCGUUGCCGUGUAUCAGCUGCCAUUCAGUGCUCUGGUGGAAAUUGAAUGCACGGCUUUUCUGAACUCUGGAUCGAAGCUGUAA